CAACCUUCAGACAGAACCAGCAUCACAAAGAAGACGACACAUCCCAGAAGGAGACAUAGAAGGAGAGUGGUUCACUCAACGUCUUCGACCAAUUGGAAAAUCCAACUACACCUACCUAUCUUGACUGAAGGUUCGCUCGAUUCGGUCACUAGGUACAACUGUCUACUCCGGACAGACAUUUACAGUGGUGAAUUCGUCGUCCGUUUUCGCCUCCAUCAUCUUUCAUACUGUCAUCCUGCACCUGGUGGCAUACACGAUGGAGGGCCUUUUUGAAGAGUUUCGCAAUGCCUACAAGGCAAGAUCCGGAUAUUCUCUUGCACAAACACUCCAGCCCUUCAGCCCAGUCAACAAGCCUGGCAAGCUUCGGUCCAUCUAUCUGAGCACAAACAUUCAAGAAGUCAAAGCCGAUGUCAAGUACAUGCUCCAGAGUCGAAGUUCAGGAUCUAAGAAAUUCAAGCUUGACCACGAGGAGGCCAACGGCUGGGUGGAGGUCUACACGGCUUACUGGAAGGCCAUCGGCGAGAUUUUGAAAGUGGAAGGCGACUCCAGUACUGGAGGUAGGUCUUCUUCAUGGACAAAGGUGUAUGAGGCGUGGAAGGAAUUGACCACUGCUCUCAUUCGCGGUUACACGAACUAUGGAUUCGAGGCUUGGACUAUUCCUUGCCUCUAUACUGCAGGCAAGCACCUACGACUUUUCGCCAUUAGCUCGGACGAGGAGCGCAACACCAGCGACGCUGCCGCCAACGCUAUGGAGCUUGGCGAUGACUUCGACCCCGACCUGGAGAAGCAGAAGCAGCUCCGUGACUGCGAACAGCAGCUCAAGCGCAUUUUCACACUGUGCUUGAGUGACAGAGCGCCCCUCGAGGACUCGAGGAAAUGGGCUAUCUACUUCGUCAUCAAUCUGCUCUUCAAGACUUACUUCAAACUCAACUCUGCCAGUCUUAGUCGGACAAUCCUUAAGGCACUAUCUACGAAUCGUGGAGAUAUGCCUCCAUUGGAAGCGUUCCCCAAAUCACAGCGGGUAACGUUCAAGUUUUAUGAAGGCGUGCUUUUCUUCCUUGAGGAGAACUACGUCGAGGCCGAGAAGCAUCUCACCGAAGCAUGGUCUCUCUGUCACAAGGACGCCAAGAGCAACCAAGAGAGAAUCCUUACCUACUUGAUUCCCUGCCAUCUCCUUACCACCCACACCCUCCCGAGUAGCAAACUCCUUGAACCGUUUCCCCACCUGCAAAAGCUCUUCCUCCCGCUAUCGCGCUGCAUCCGCUCAGGCGACCUGCGCAACUUUGACCUGGCCCUCCAGGAGGGCGAGGAGGAGUUCGUACGCCGCAGAAUCUAUCUCACUCUAGAACGAGGCCGCGACAUCGCGCUGCGUAACCUCUUGCGCAAGGUCUUCAUCGCCGGCGGUUUCGAGGAAGCCAAGGAACCCGGUGUGGCGCCGGUCCGUCGUACAAGAAUCCCCGUUGCCGAGUUUGCGGCCGCAAUCAGUCUCGGCAGCCAGGAGAGCGUGGACCCAGACGAGGUUGAGUGCCUACUGGCUAACAUGAUUUACAAGAAUCUGAUGAAGGGCUACAUCGCCCGUGAGCGCGGGAUUGUCGUUUUGUCCAAGAACGGGGCGUUCCCCGGAACGGGGGUGUGAAAGUUGGUGGUGUGGGGAAAGUCCAUGACCAAAGACUGCACUGCAUGAGAUAGUCACCAGCCUAAAAAUGAGAUACGAGCUUAAUACCACAGAAGAAGGAGCGCAAAACGGCGAUGGGUCUCCCAAUGAGGCAUCGGUCACAUAUCUUACACGAAUGGCGAGGGGCUCGACAGAGGGAACGUCGUGCUUGGCGUUAUCAGGCUCAUAAAGUCUAUCUCGACGCCGUUUGUCGAACUGCUGGGUGAAUACACUUAGACGCCUCGCAUCUUUUCAUGAUUCCCCCACCUGCCUUUGGGUAGGAUCAUGACUCUGAGCCUCGUCGCUGGCGUCGCGUAUUGAGAACCAAAACUUGCUGGUCGUGUCAAUCACCUGGGUCAUCGUUUGGGUGUACGGUGCACUUGGUGUAGCACGCGUUCUCUGUCCCCACUAUCACUGCACGUCCACGUAACCACA